AUGUCCGGAAAGUCCCCGAACGAUAUUUAUUUGGGGACGCAGGGCGACAGUGAGGAGGAGAAUCUUGAAGCUACUGAUGUUUCUACAAGAUGUUUUAAACUACACCUGGAUGAACAUAUAAAGGCUUAUAUUGAGAAGAAGGCGAUACUUGACAGACCAGUAGAAGUUUUAAAAUGUAAUAAUAAUUUGCUAGAAAGUGUUAUUUUGAACUAUAUAAUAGUGAAGAAAAUACUUGGGAAUCUAUCAUGGCAGGACAAAUUAUUGUGUGCCCAAGUCUGCAGCACAUGGUGUUCCGCUUUACAGACAUUGAAAAAGGAACAACUGGGACCUGAAGACUUUACAAUAGACUUCUGUUCUCGCUCGCUAACAUGUGGAAUGAUAUAUAAGAAAUCUGGCAACUUCUAUAAUGAACCGUUAGUUGUCAUGACAUUUGCUAAUCCCGCCGGCUUUGGAAUGACGUGCAAAUGUACGACUAUGGAGCCAAGUCCAUGUAAUCCGCCCUGCACCAAGGAACACUCUUUGUUAGACAUUGUUUACAAAUACAGUACCGCACCAAAGGACUGCAUGACAAUUGUCAGAUCUGAUUAUUUAACGUACAUGCCACUGGCUAGCUCUGUUACAUACCAGGAUGUAAUAACUCAAGUGAGAUCACACCCGUUUGUAGGCGGCCUUUAUAUACCGGCCAUACCAAAUGUGAAAUUUCAUACAAUAAAUAUGAAAUCCUAUAAAGAAAACAUCUGCAGUGUUGUCGACUCUAUAGCCAGUGAGAGAAUCAUUAAAGGAGUCCUUGUAUAUGUAACGGACAAGUACCUUUUACAUUCUGUUGAAGAUAUAGUGUUUUUGAACUAUUUUAAAGAGGCCCAACCAGAUGUUCCUUAUGCCCUGGGUGGAUGCAUUAUCGAAGACACUGUAUUUGAGCGGAAUGAUCUCAACAGUAUAGUGGACAGUAUCAACGAGAAUAAUGACUUCAUCAGUGACAACUUGAUCUCUAUUGGAAUAUUCACAGUUCCUAAAAGUGGUUGUAAUGAAUUUAACUUUGAUAUGUUCUCGUUAAUACUUGAAUCUUCUGAUUGGACGAAGGCUAAGAUACAACAGUCCAUUAAUGAGUUUUCAAAGAAAGUCCCACAGUUUGAGCACAGCGCUUGUAUCAAACUGUCAUGUGUGGGCAGGGAUCAGAAACACAAAUGGGAGCAGGAAUGUUUUAGAGCUGUUUUCCCAAACACGACGAUAAUAGGCUGUUACGGUAACGGGGAAUUAGGGAUCAAUCAUCCUGAGAAACCGCCUCCGGACGUGCCAAGUGUGAAACGCCACCGUCGGGAUCCCGGACCCCAGUUUGGAUUGAUGUAUUCAUAUUCAACGGUAUUUGUUUAUAUGGGCUGGGGUAAAAUUAUAUCACCUGUGACAUAGAUAGGUACAUGCUUAUAUAGGAAAUAAGUAUAUAGUGCUAUUAGGGAUAAUAAGUGUAUUUUUAAAUCAUAAAUAAGUGCUAAUUAGUGUUCUGUGUUGUCAUUAUUGUCAUCGCUUUGUAUUUAAAUAAAUUUGUUUUAAAUUUUGUAUGUUCCUCAAGCCGGACAAUUGUAGAAUAUCUUCUUACCAUAACAGAUGAUAGUUUAUAUGUUGCUGCUAGCGGUACAUGGAAUGUUUUUUUUUGUUUGAGAAAGUUAUAACUUAAAAGUUUCACACGUAAAACAAAAUAAAGCAAUAAUAAAGACUUUCAAUAAUUUUAAUGUGUAAGUAAAUAACAAUAUCAUGUAUAAAGUUAACCAAGAAACAAUUGAGGACACUUUUAUUUAAAGCAUUGUUAUUAUUUGUGUUGUGACUAGGUUAUGGUGUGGAACAUUUGUAUUUCAUGAUAUUAAAAUAUAUAUAAUGAUUUAAAAGUUCAAUAAAGAUCUCCCUGAAUUAAAAUGGUUGGGAUAUAUAUACUGCUUAUAUAAUAAUAAGUUGCGAGUAAAUUUUAAUUGUGCUUUUGCUGUAAAUUUAGAAACAUGUUCUCUAUUUGUUUAGCCAAAAAUCGCAUUAUCAUGUUACAUACGGAGCAUUAUUUCUAACGUAUUAACGUAUUUUAGUUAAUGGGAAACGUGAAACGCUUCGUGUGUAGUGUGACUGCAAAACAAUGGUAAGCAUACUGUACAAUAAACCAUUUUAUGUUCUCUAUAAUCGUUAAUGCUAUAAACAUAAGUACUAAUUUAAUAUUAUUGAAACAAUAAUUAAAUUUACAGUAGUGGGUGGACAGUUUAAAGCAUUAUAUCUAGACUAACCUAAUAUUUAAGGGACAUUGUCUUAGAUGUGGACUGUAAGCGAUCUGUUGACUCACAUGUAAGCGAGAUAUUGUUUGACAUCUCUUUAAUAAAUAAUACGUACGGU